GUGUUGGAACCGUAUCUUGUGUUGUUAUUGUCGCCAUAUUGUGUGACACAGUUUCGAUGUUGAAGUGAAAACAUAGCUUUUAUGGUUAUAACUGGUUAAGGGCUGUUUGCUAGUACACCCUAGCGUGGCCAUACACUUAAGGGUGACAUAAGACCCAAAAGAGCUAGCAACGGCGUACGGAAUGGAUGGCGAAGACAGUGGGGGAGGAACAGGAGACACCUCAACAUACCAGGUGUUAGCAGCUCAGGAUUCCUACCCAAAGCAGAUCUGCCAGUAUGAUGAACCUUCGCUUUCCAUCCCUUUCAAUCCAUUAGCUGGAGAGUACGCCAAGUAUGUUGGUCGCACAACUGAUGGACUCAUUGCCCUAUCAAAUUAUCGACUUUUCCUACAGCAGCGUGAAACGACUUACCACAUUCCCCUAGGAGUGAUAGAAUCAGUUGACAACAGGGAUAUUCUGUUUCUCUUUCUUAUGUGCAAAGAUACCAAGUCCUAUAAGUGUACGUUUCCAAGCACGGAAGUUUGUGCAGAAUGGCACCGAAGACUGACCAAGGCAUUAAGUCUCCCGCCGCGUCUGGAGAAUGUCUUUUCCUUUGCCUUUUACAUGUGGAUGGCUGAGGAUAAUCCUGAUUUGCAUAAUGCUUUGCUAGACCCAGAAGUACCUCAGUCUUAUGCUGCUAAGGCUGAAAGAAUGUUUGAUGAUGAGGUACGGCGCCUUGGUUUUGAUUUGGGUGGUGCAUGGCGCAUUUCCAUGGCUAACACAGAUUACCAGCUUUGUUCAACCUACCCUCGCAAGCUGGUGGUUCCAGCUUCAAUAAAUGACAACAUCCUAGAGUCUGUAGCACGUUUCAGGUCUGCCAGAAGGAUACCAGCAGUUGUUUGGAGGCAUUCCAAUGGUGCAGUAAUUGCCCGUAGCAGUCAACCAGAAGUUGGUUGGUUAGGCUGGCGAUCAAGUGAAGACGAAGAUUUGAUUAAAGCAGUAUCUGAAGCGUGUGCUUAUGACAGCCCAGUUGAUGGUUCUCCCAACAGCAUCAACGGUGUGGUUGGCAGUCAGUUAUUGCCACCGAGUUCUGGAGAAAAAGAAGCUGUCACCCCUGUGUCUGAUAUUCCUUCUCUGUGUGAUUUACCAGAGGCUAAAGCUCAGACUGACAUCAAAAAAGUAUUGAUAGUAGAUGCCCGUUCAUAUGCCACAGCAGUGGCCAAUCGUGCCAGAGGUGGAGGAUGUGAAUGCCCAGAGUAUUACCCUACUUGUGAAAUACAGUUUAUGAAUUUGGCAAACAUCCACACCAUUCGGAAAUCUCAUCAUGCCCUGAGACUUCUUGUUUCCUCCUCCCCAGACAUUCCAAAUUGGUUAUCGACAUUGGAGAAUUCUCGAUGGCUUGCCCACAUUUCGGGCUUGCUAAAAGCAGCUGUGACUGUCGUGCAGGCAGUGGCUAAAGAAGCACGGCCAGUAUUAGUUCACUGUUCUGAUGGUUGGGACAGAACCCCUCAGAUAACUGCUCUCUCACAGUUACUCAUGGACCCUUACUACCGUACAAUGCAGGGUUUUCAGGUGCUAGUUGAACGUGAAUGGAUAGAAUUUGGGCACAAGUUUAGUGACAGAUGUGGAUGUGGCCGUAGCUGUGAGGACAUCAACGAGAGGUGUCCGGUGUUCCUUCAGUGGCUAGACUGUGUACACCAUCUCCUCACUAUGUUUCCUACUGCCUUCGAAUUUAACCAGUCUUACCUUGUAAAACUGGCUCAACAUGUUUACAGCAACUUGUUUGGUACAUUCCUGUGCAACUCGUCCCAGGAACGUGCACAAGCGGAAAUAGGAGAUCGCACUUAUUCAGUGUGGUCAUUUCUUAGACUAAAUCAACGUCGUUACAUCAACUACCUCUAUACCUACACUCCUCAGGUCCUUUAUCCAUCUUGUCAUACUAAAGACUUACGGUUAUGGACUUCAGUCUACAUGCCAGAAAUGGGAGAAGUAACAGCAGAUCCAAAUACAGUUAUCCACCCAACUGUUGGUGAUGAUGAGGAGGAGGAGGAGCAACCAGCAGCAGCGGGUGAACUAGUGAAAACAAAAUCUUGUGAUGACCUUUUGGCUGGUAUGUCUCCACCACCUCACCACCCUCUUCGGAGAUCUUCAGAUCCCAACAUAAGAGACAGAACUUCGCUGGUGUCGACAAAACAUCAGCUUCCAGCUCUAUGUCAGAGUUGCCCCAACAUGGCUAUGCUUAAUUCAGCACUGGGAUCAGAUUUAACCUGUGAAGAUCCCAACUUAGAAGAAAGGGGAAAUGAUUUACCUGUUCAUCAAGAGUUAGAAGUGAAUGAAGAGGAUUCAGUCAGUGAAACUAAUGGUGAUCAAGUUAAUGACGAGUCCCUAACUUUAUGCCCUUCAGUAGAAGAAUCUGAAACUCAUGAAUGUAGCAAUGUCUUAACAUGUGAAAUUUAUGAAAAUGGAGUGGAAAAUGGGGAGGAGGCAAGUGAAUAUUUAGGACAACAUUGUACAAGUAAUGGGGAAAGUGAUGAGGAGGAAAUGGAGAAAGGUAUUUGUAAAAAGGAGUUGGAGGACCCAGUUAAUCUGAACAGAGCUCCAAGUGGAUCCCGGUUUAGGGACCUCGCUGAACAGUCUAUAGAAGGUUCAACUGACACUUUGGUAGCAGAAAUGGGUGUUAUUGCUAGUGAAGAAAAAGUUCCUAGAGAAAAACACAAUGAAAAUACACCACUAUUGAAUGGUCGUUCAGGUGAUGAGAGUCCAAAGUCAAUAUUGAAUGGGAAGUGCUGUCCAUUCUUGAAUGGUAUAGCUGAAGAUAGUGAAGUUUGUACUGUAAAUAAUAGAAAGAAUUCAAAGAAAGGUACAGUUGCUGCAGCCUCCACAGAAAAUGGCCAAGAAGAAAGAGAGAAACAGUCUGUCUCUCAUAUGGGAGCAGUGGUGUCCUCUGGGUGUAGUGUGUGUAUUCGUAGUAAGAAGUUGCUAGACGAUACGAGUAAUGGGGAUACAUGGCGUAGUGCAGGACUGAUGCAGGAAGGUGGUGUUUCUACAAAAGGCAUCACUACCGGGCCUGGGAGUCGUGUUUCUCUCUAUUCUACACCAAUGCAUUCCCGAACUCCUUCAUCAUGUAUUCCUUCAACACCAUGUGAAGAUAGAUUUGGAGGAGAGAGUCGAGGGAGCAGCUAUGCUACGGUAGAUGGUUUGCAUAAUGUUAGUGAUGAAGUCAUGAAAAGGUUACAUCAGAUAUUUCAGCAACAUCAGACUGAAGUUGAGGCACUGAAGAGGGAGCUGCAAACAACAAGACAGGCCUUGUGCAAUCAGGUGUUGCAUAAUCGGUGCCAUCACCACCACCAUGACACCACAGAGGACCAGGUGUCUCUUCCUGAGAGUGUUGGGUCAGGCUCGGGUGGCUCAGUGGGUCAAGAGUCUGGUGUCUCAGAUACUUCUUGGGAAGCUGUUGAAGAAGGUGAAGCCCGACCCACCCUUUGGGUACCAGAUCAUGCAGUUGAUGCUUGCACUGGUUGCAGCACUCAGUUUUGGAUUGGUCGGCGAAAGCACCACUGCAGGUCAGUUCCCAGGAGCUGUGGUAAAAUAUUCUGUUCUGAGUGUUCAGAACAUAGUAUUCCUAUUCCUCGUGAGCAGCUGUACCAGCCGGUCCGAGUCUGUGGCACUUGUUUUCUUAACAUUGGCAUGGAACAUACAAAACCUAAGAUCUUGGCAGCAGCCUCAAAUUAAAAGGUUUUGUUGUAGACAGAGGUAUACAGACCCAAUUUGUAAUUGGUCUGCUGGAUGUCAUUUGAAAAUAAUUUACUGCUCUUGUACCACUGAGGGAAAUUUCUUUUACCAUAGGCAAGUUCGGUGAAAAGAACAGUAGAACGGAAUUGAAGAAAACCUAACAUGGGUGUGGUUAAUUUCUUAUAUGGAUGACUGUUGAAUAGUAUUUGACACCUUCAGAGGUAAGACUGAUGUCCAUUCUAGUCUUCUUUCUUGGACGUGUGAUUGACAGCGCAAAGGGUAUUUUUAAUGUUUGGUAGGUGGCACUUGGGUUGAUGCUUACAUAGCUAUCCACAUAAAAAGGUAAAGUAUUAUGUGUCUUGAAUAUAUAAUUGUGUGCUCAAGUUAUUAUCAGUUAUGAUAAAGUGUGUUUAGUUCUGUACAUUAUACCAAGAGAGUAUUUUUAUGCUGUUAAAUUUUAUUGUGUAUGGUAACCAAAAAAAAGAGAUAUAUUGGAGAUGAUAUUUUUUGCGAGGGGAAUUUUUAGGAAGUGUUAAUAAUUUAGCUAUAAUUAUCCUUAAUUUAUUUUGUUAUUGCAAAUUUGCGAUAAUAACCUUGAGAGAGCACAAUUCAGCCAGGAACUUAUUUAAUAUUGUAUUGAUGAGCAUUGGUGGUCAAGGUCGGUUGCCCUCAAAGCUUUCAGGGGACUCUGCUCCAGCGUGUGUCAUGGACACGACUGACGUUUGUGGUAAGGUUAUUUUUUGAGAAUUAGAGUGAAAUUUGGUAUUUUGUAAAUAUAUUUGUUGGGGCCGUGAUAGUUAUACAGUGUAUAUAAAAUAUUUUUUUUGAAUGUGUUUAUAGGAGAACCUGCCCAUCCAACAAGCUUAUUUGUGCUGUAAUGAAAACAAUGUAUACUCUAAAGUUCAUUUUCAUUAAGCACAUGUCAUUAAAAUUGUUGACUAGGGACAAAACCCUAAAAAUUGUGAUAUAGUAUGACAUAAGGUAGACCUUUCAUUUUUAUCUGGUAAUAUUGCUCACGUCAUUAUAAGAUUUUUUUUUCUUUUUUCCCUCAAGGCUCUUUGGAAGGGCCCAAACUUACUCUGGCGUGCUAGUCAAUGCUAUGCUUAACAAGCCUUAUGAAGAAAAUCCGUUAAUUUAUCGAAUUAAGCAAGUUAUUUCCCUUUAUUGAUUAUUUAACAGAGAUUUUUACGGCUGCCAGGAUUAGAUUUUUGUAAUGUAUGAAUUUCCCCUGCCCCUUUCUUAAGUAUGGAAACUAUAUACAUAUAUUGUACUUACAAUAAUUUUUCUUGGUUUGGAGUUUCCUUGAGUUUGUAAAUUGAACAAUUUUAGGCCACUUGUAAUUUGGUGAUGAAUUAUCGUCCUUUCACUAAGCCCUUUAUCUUGAUGAAUUAAGCUUUUUGUUUCAGCUUUCUUUUUAAUCAAUGGAAAUUUUAAAACGGAGUUAUUACUUUUCCAUUACCAUGGGCUUUCAAAGACCAAAAAUAAAUUCAUAAGUUGGAUUAUAAUUAUGUUUAUGUAUUUUGUAGCCAUCUGCCAAUAUUUUGUUAGCUCAAGAUUAAAGACAAUAGAGGCAAGUAAUCUCUCCCUCCAGUAAGUGUCACUUGUAUGACAAAAUAUAUAUAU